AUGGGGGACAGUACUCGGCCAACCAAGUGUAAGCGGGCGGGCAAAGAAGAGAAUGAUUCAAAAGAUGAUAAGCGGAGGGCCACCCACAUCCACAGUUGGACGUGUGCAGUCGCAUUGUUCCAUGCAGUGUUGCUAUUGCGAAAAGCCAAUAAUCACUAUGAGAAAAAUAGUACAAUACUGGACCGUGUGAGAAUGGACAGUCUGACUGUCCAUUCUCGCAUGGCUCAUUUAAUCUUAUCUUUUCUGGUACAAUACUGGACCAUGGACCAUGUCAAGAUUCUCGCUCGGAUACUGGGUCAGCAACCACUGCCAACAGAGCUGAUGGAUUUUCACGCCCAACUGGUGGGUAUCCUAAGCAUGCUCACUCCUGCUGACCUCUCUGCACUGCUAGACAAAGUGGCUCCAUCCUCAAUGGUUCCAUUGUCACUCUCUGACAGCUCACCUUCUGUCACCAUGCAUCAAGGCCUAACAACAUUAUCCCCAGCCCGCUUUGGUGAAGAGCAAACUCAAGCUGAUGAGUCUGAAUUGCAGACCAAUCAAUCUCUGCAACAAUCUCUGGCGGUGAUACGCUCACAAAGACGCCAACCAUGUCAACACCCGUAUGCUGCUGCAGCUCCUACUCCUACUCUUGCACCUCCUGCACGUCAACGGCCUUGUCCAAGGGGUAGAGUUGUUGUCCAGCAAUCUCUGUGGCAAGCAGUCAAUGACCCUGCUAUUAGGAUCAACUCGGCUGUCAACACUUUCAUAGCAGGACUUGCGGCUGCACAUGAAGACUCCUCAAUGUUCAACUCAGGAGAGUGGGCGUACUCUGUCGACUCCCUGUUGACCUCUGUUACGUCCACCAAUGACUACCUGGACAAGUCUUUGGCUUCUGUUGUGGCGCACUGUUGGCGCAUGACCAGUAAAGACAUAGGUGUCAUCUUUUUGCUGAUGAUCAACUACAUCCAGCUCGUUGCCAAGUCCCAAAGUCUUCGCUCUCAGCAAGGUAUCUCCCUGGCAAACCUUUGGAGGGAUCUCCCUCAGCCUAAGCCGUCUAAGAAACAGUUUGAGCAAUGGCAUGCUAUGGGCUGCAAGUUUGCAGCCAUAGCAGCCGGUGGAUCUAUCUAUGCCCUUAUUUUGGUUGCAGGCUUGAACUUAUGGGUUCAACUUGGUGAAAUAGAUGGAACAACACCAUGGGAGAUAGCCAAUGUCUUUAGGUGGCCAGUUGGAUCUACUUACUUUCCAACUCUUAGAUCGUCGUCUAGAUUGUUGGGGAGUCUAAUAUGGCUGAAGGCAAUCGCCAAUACUCUGCACCGCGGGAUCCUGGCGAUAACUACGAGUGGACCAAAACAGAAAGAGAAAGGGCAAGUUGAGCCAUCAAGCUCUAUGCCAGAAUCAAUCUGCACUACUCUCCUGCCUAACUUCCAGUCCUGCCUAGGCUCCACCAUAUCUUUACAUCAUGUAGACUCAGCUGUUGAAGGUGAAGGCUUCACAUUUGAAGCUCUACAUUUCUCUUGGUACAACCGCCAUUGUACAAAAGCAAAUGACGCACCCAAUGAUAUUCCCCCUUUGAUGAUGAAGAGAAAGUAUGCCUCAAGAACAAAUUAUUUGCAGCUUGUCCCCUAUACGUCCAAGGAGAUUCAAGACCACACUGACAUUUACCAGAGACUUAAAACUGUAUUUGCUGAUCUCUUUGAAUGGAUAAAUGAAAUGUUUGCUACUUAUCUACCUGCCAAAUAUUUGGUACUCAGACAACAUGCUGAGUUACUCCCUGGAAACAAUGCCUCUGCUGCCUGCCCAUUCUUAGGUCUUGUGGUCAAUAUCAAUGUUUCAACCAAGGCUCACAGGGAUGCCAAGGACAAACUCUUUUGUCUAGUCAUACCACUGGGACAAGAUCUGGACAGAACAAAACUCAGGGGAGAUGCAAAUACUGACAAGCUAGCAGUACAUUUCCCAGAUAUUCGUCAGAAAGCAGCUCACAUGGUGGAGGCUGAGGAUGAUGAGGAAGAAGGAGACUUGGAUAGGCCUGAUGUUGAUAGUGAAGAUGAACCUCUUCAUAAAAGGGCCAGGAAUAGCAUGGAAGAGGAACUAGAAGAUGAAGAUGAAGAUGCUCUGAUGCAGAUCUUUAGACACUUGACAGGCAACUCACAGCAAGUUACUCCCUCACCUUCAUUGACCCAGAAGUUGGACAAUCCUUACUACAAAAAAAUGGUCUUAUCAUUGCGUACCAAUAUACAGAUUACUGCAUCACCAGCUAAAAGUGUCCAGUUGGUUAACAAUAAGCGUAAAAGGAAUAGCAGUAGUUUUCCUUCAUUAACGCCUUUCAGAGAUUCCAAGAAUGCAAUUAUCAAAGUUGCAAGUUCUUCUUCACUAUUCAAAACUACCGUAGUAGAUUUGGAGAAUGCAAGGAACGAGCAGAAAAAAAGUAAAAUCAUUGAUUAUGUGUGGACGGCUGCAGCUCAGCUUAGAGGUGAAGUCAAAAAAAAGGCUAGGAUACUCAUUCUCUCAGAAUACGCCCUCAAAGACAAGCUCCCAGAGGAAGUACAUACUAUAGUGGAGUGGUUGUUGAGUAAUGGAAAAGGUGUUUUUACGUUUGGUGGUUUAGAUGUUUCUACUUAUUCUGAUGAUAAGCAAAAACCUUUUGAACAUCACAUCAUCAAGCUACUACUUCAGAUUCAGUGGUUUCAUAAAAAAGGGGAGGGAGUCCUCUAUCCAAGUGAUUUCAAAGACUCACCUUUGCCAUUAAUUGCCUUGACUGUUACAGCUGUCGAAAACUAUCUUCAUGAGCUUGCAAAAGGUCUACAGGCCCAGGUUUUUCCUGAUGAGGUAGUGGAUGACCAGGAUGAAGAAAAUGAUAGUAACAUGGUCCAGACUCCACCUUCAACUCAACCUAGAUCCUGGAGGCCUAUAGGUGGGGGUGAGGGUGGGGGUGGGGAUGACAAUACAGAUACAGAAGAGCUUAGGAACACUGUUAGAGGGGAUAGUGAACAAGAAGAGGAGGAGGAUGGCAAUAAUGCAAGGCAGAAAAUCACCGAAAGCUCCAAGAUUAGCAACAGCUUUGAAUCCAAAUUAAGGGAGGUUGAAGUCAAUAAAGCAUUUAAAAUCUUUAUGAUGGAUUAUGUAUGGUCUGCUGGGCCCCAAAUAUGGGGAGAGGUUGUAGCCAAGGCCAGACUCAUGAUCAAUAGUGCAUAUGGUAACCCAGGGGAUAUGUCUCCUGAAGAAAUCAAACUUGCUGUUCAGUGA